AUGCUAGACGAAGACGGCAUUCCCCAAUUCAUCCCAGUUCUACACACUUGCUCUUGUCUAAGUAUUCCGAUUAAUCUGCUCGCCAUCUAUUGUAUUCUUCUCAAAUCUUCGAACAACAUGCGAAAGUACAAGUGGUACUUGCUCAAUGUUCAAAUUUGGAUAUUUCUAACUGAUCUAAUUCUUUUUGUGCUAAUCGCUCCUCGUUUCUACUUUCCCUUAAUAGCUGGGACAACCAACGGACUGUUCUACGCUAUUGGAAUGCCCUACGAAGCCCAGACCAUCAUCGGAUUCGGCACCGGAGUGGGCAUGAUCUCUGCGUGCACCCAAGCCAUCCAGUACCGGCACAGCCAGAUUUUGCCACCCAGCAGUCUGAUGGCACGGAAACCCAGGCUACGAACUCUGCUCAACACCGUUCGAUACUUGCUCUUUUGUCAAAUUUCCGUGCCCGCCGUGCUCACAGAGCCCCGAAAUCAGUUGGAGGGCAAGAUGCGAGUGGCGGACAAGUUCCCGACCCACCCGGAACUCUUCUUCGAUUCCAGCGUUUAUUUGCUCCAAGAGUCGCCGUCGUUCGUCGUCGUUCCCGGCGCUCUCGUCAUUUUCUACGUGUUCGUCGAGCUUUCCUUCUACAUCACUCAAAGUUUUCGUCAGCUCAACAAGCGCGUUUCACACAUGUCGGAGCGGACGAAACGAAUGCAAAAGACGUAUUUUGUGUACGUUUGUAUUCAGGCAAGUCUUUCAUUUCAGAGCUGUUCCCCCGACGGAAAGUUUGUCGCUAUGCGCCUUUAAACUCGUGUCGAUUUACGGGAGCGUAAAUCGCUCGUUUUUUUGCGAAUUUCUUGAAAACAAAUCUGAUUUUCUUUUGUUUACCGUUUCUGGGGGAUCUAGAAGAACCGUCCACCGAGAAAACCUCCAAAUCAACAAUGUUUUCAGGUGCUCGUUCCGUGCUGUUUCUGCCUCAUUCCCAUCAGCUUUCUGUGUUUUGCCAUUCUCUCCGGCUACCAAGUUCAAUGCAAGUUAACUUAAAAAAGUCGCCUAAAAACGUUUUGUCUGAACGUUGCAGUGUGUAACGACGUGGCAGUGUUGAUGUUCGGUCUGCACGGAAUCGUGGCCACUCUCGUCAUGCUUCCGCUCUACCAGCCGUACCGAACGUUUUGCAAGCAAUUCUUUUGUUGUUGCUAUUUUCGUGUUAUCUCAAAACCUUCUUUUGCUGUUAUGUAGUGCGAAUAAACUUCUUUUUUUUUCCAAUUCACACGCGCGGUCAUGUGUAUGCACUGAUACGAUCAACAUUUUUGUUUAUGUGUAAAGUGAAAGACAAAAGUUCGAUUCGAUUCGCAUGAUCAAGAUCGUUUUUCUAUUUUUGAGGCUCUUCCGAACACCUCUCUCAUUGUCUGCUCACUCCUCCCCCUCUCUCUGCCGUGUACUUCAUGGUUCUUUCUCUGGGUCUCCACAAGUCGCACACUGUUUCGUGCCGUCUUCAGCGACUGCAGAGAGAGAGACGCAGACCGAGAGAGGAGAGCAUCGCGAGGUCUCGUUCGCCGCCGCACGCUCACUUUCCGACGCGGCCUUUUUUCGUCUCUUCUCGUCUUUUAGCUCACCAACAUUACAGUUCUCAUGGACAGUCUUUUUCCGCACGAGCGGCAAGAGCGCGCCGGGUGCGGAUACAUCUCGCUGAACCCGAUCGAGUACGGAUGCACGAGACAGUACUCGAUCGCCGCCACGCAAUGGCUCGUCCACAUUGGAUUGUCCGAGACGAACGGCUUCAGUCAGUUGCGCGUCUCGACCAACUCGCUGAAAGAGCUCGAGUACUGUCAGGUGGAGAUGGAGGUGCAGUGUCCCAAGUACCUGCCACAGCGGAUGCUCUACUGGCACGUGUUCGACAUUCAGCGCAACGCGUUCUGCAUUCCAUUUCCCGAUGAGGACGUGUAAGUGAACCACGAGCCAAUCGGAAUACAAGUUUCUCUAUUGUCUCUUUUGCAGAGAGAAUCGCGAGGGUUUCGAUCCGGAAAAAGCGAAGCCGACGAGAGGAUACCCGACGUCGCGUAAGGGAAAAGGAUCGUAUCUGCGAUUGAUUGUGAGUAAACGGCUGACGAACAUUCCCGGAAAGGACAUUUGGAGAAUCCGAAACUAUCAGUUCCCCUACGCGGAUCUCAUCCUCAAAGUUGGCCAUCAGGAGCUUUAUGUCAACAAACGAGUGAGUUGUAUUCGAUUUUAUGUGUUUCUGUUAGCCAUCACCUCUUCAGAUGCUUGCUGCCACAAGCCGCUUCUUCAUGUACAUUUGCGGUGAGGGCCGGACAAAAACGAUGAACAAGUGGGAGGUGCUUCACGUGAUCGAUGUGGACUUUGAGGAUCUCUAUGAUAUCGUCGGAUACGUUUAUUACGAUUGGAAGUUUGGAAGUGAGUCGCGAAUUCGGCCACGGCCACGACGACCAACAAAGCGUUUUCAGUUGAACGAGCGCUCGAGAUGCAAAUGAUCGCCGAGCAGUUCGGAGUGAUGAUGCAGUCGAACAAUGCCGAGGAUUUCGAAGGACGGACGGCACUCGACUACGUCACAAAGUUCUGUUUCGAUCGGAACGUCUACAAAGACGAGAGCUCGAAUUGGCGGAUGAUUCGCGACGCCAAAGAAGGCUCGGUUUCGACCAUUUCAGUGUUCGAAUCGGAGCGGAGAAGCACUUUGCACGACAACGAUAUUCACAUGUAUGAAGUGAGUUUUAAGUUUUAUUAGCGCCACGGUCUCCAGAGCUGAAAAUAUGGGCGUGGCCUCGGCGGCCAAAUGGCGUUUUCAUGAAUUGAGCAGGUUUUCUAUGAUUUUUGUCGUCAACGGCGAUGAAAAAUGAUUGCUCGACAUGAAAACACACUAAUUUUCAGAAUUAAUGACGUUUUGGCGCAUUUUUCGCGGACCUUGCUUUUUCGCCUUCGCCGCCGAUCGCCGCCUAAAAACCGCACUUCUCAUUUUGCGCUUUCUUGACCGUUUUCAGACAGAAUUGGUUUUGAGAAUGAUAAAUCACGUAAAUACAAGCAUUUUGAGCGCGGGAACCGCGAAAACUACCGAAAAGCAACUGAAAUUCACGCAGUUUUAUCGAAAAACCUUCAAACGGAUUAAUGUGAUUUGCGACUUGACCAAAUUUAACGGUCUUGCGCUUAAAAAACUCGUAAUAGCCUAUACAAUCGGUCUAUCGAGAGACAAAUGAGAAAUUAUCGGUUUUUCGUGGCUAAUCUGGCAAAAAACACAAAUUUCGCGCCAAUGUAUCGCUCUAUUGGGCGGGGCGCACUUGCGCCCAUUGUCAGCUCUGGAGACCGUGUAGCGCAUAUUUUAAAUUCGACAUGUUUCUUCCAUGAGCCUGGAUGAUUUCCCACGCCUCGGCCCAUGACAACUAUUGUAAAAACGUACAAUAAUUUGUUUUCAGCCAUCUUCUCCGACACCGACGGUCUCGACUCUGAACAACUCGCUCGCCAGCUCCUUCUCCUCCUCCUCCUCUUCCACCUCCUCGAUUAUCGACGUCGGCGGACCGAUGAUCGUCGAUGACGGCUUGCGGCCGAGCUCAUCCAACGAGCACAUGGAAGUGGAGCCCGCCGAGCUGUCUCCAUCGCGGAGCUUUUCUCCGCCGCCGCCAAUGCCCGACGAUCUCGUGAUCGCCACCAAACAGGGCAAGUUCUCGUUCAGUUUCGCGAUGAACCUGUCGGAUAACUGGAGCCGCGGACACAAAGAGGACAUUAGCACAGAGUUCGGCCGAUGGGUUCUCUACCUCUACCGGCGCAGUCUCAACGGUCAGGACUUUCUCGCGUUGGGCGCCUACCUGCACGAAGUGGACCUCUAUCCGCAAGUCGCCUUCGACACCGAGUUCCGGAUUCAGGCGCACGGCGAGAACAAAAAGCCGGCGCGGAAGAUUCUGAAGCACGUGUUCAGCGUCGAGCGCAACGCCUACGGAUACCCGAACUUUAUGCUUUGGGCGGAUGUGAUGCACAUGGCCGGCGACAACGAGACGCUCCCGUUCGACGUGCACCUCAUUUGCAAACUGACGACGGCGCCGCUGCCACCGAUGGAGUACGACAUGUUUCCGGGAAUAAAGGACGUCCUCGUCUCAGUGGACGACUACACGAUUCCGGUGGCAAAGGCAGUGCUGUCCGACGCGUCGUCGGUCUUCCGAGACGCCUUCAACCAGGGGUUCAUCGUCGAUCGCACCCGGAUUCAUCGCAUCGCUCACAUUUCGUACGACAUGUUCAUGAUGCUGCUGGACAUAAUCUAUCACAGAGUGUGUACGAUUCCCGGUAAGUCGCUCCACAUUUCCACACAACAUUUUUUCGGUUUUAGUCGAAUUGCAAGAGCCACUGAUGGAGCAGGCGCUGCGCUUCAAAAUGUGGUCGGUGAUGGAUCACAUUUGCCGCGAGAUCACAAAGCGGGAAAGUCUAACCGAGCGGGAAGCGAAUCGGAUCGGCCGUCGGUGGGACUCGAAACUCAUCUGGUACUCGUGGUGCAACCGGCAGCUCUUCAUCGAGGUCGACCGCACCGAAUCACUCAUCAAGACGAAGCAUCGGCCUGAGACCGAAGAGGCUGUUCGUUUUCCGUUCAAAUCAUGA